AUGGGUAUUGCACUUGCACACAAAGAUGGAGAUACAAGUGAUGAUGGAGCGCAGGUCUGCGUUAAUGAAGUGCCCGUUCAGGAGACCUUUCUGCUUCGAGGCGUCGGGCUGGCAGGAACCACAGGGUCGUGCUGCGGUGUGCUGGGAUGGAAGGUGCCCGCAUUCCGGCUCUGCCGCUUCCCAGAUGAGCCGGGCACCCGAGCUGCCGAGAGGAAGAAGCCCCCAAAAAACAAACGCCGACCCCUGUGCCCCGUGGGACCAACCGGGACGGAGCGGAACCGGCCCAGUCACACGGGACGGGGCGGAGGGGCAGCGAUGUGCGGAGCGGAGGGGACCGAAGAUCCGCGGGGAGGGGAGCGCCGGGGCCGACAGCUGGGCGGCGGCGGCGGGGGCCAGACCGGCGGCGGCGAGUUCUGUCACGGCUGGGUGGACGGGCAGGGCGGCUACCACGAGGGCUUCCAGUGCCCCGAGGGCUUCGACACGGCGGCCGCCACCAUCUGCUGCGGCUCCUGCGCGCUGCGCUACUGCUGCGCCGCCGCCGAGGCCCGCCUGGAGCAGGGCGGCUGCACCAACGACCGGGAGCCCCCGGACCCGGGAGUCACCGCCCAACCAAUCUACGUUCCAUUCCUCAUUGUUGGAUCAAUAUUUAUUGCCUUCAUUAUCGUGGGCUCGCUGGUAGCAGUUUAUUGUUGCACAUGUUUAAGACCUAAGCAGCCAUCACAGCCGAUUCGGUUUUCUCUGCGGAGCUAUCAGACCGAGACUCUCCCCAUGAUCCUGGCAUCCACAAGCUUCAGGACACCAUCGAGGCAGUCCAGUACUGCCACAAGUUCCAGUUCGACGGGCGGUUCGGUUCGCAGGUUCUCCUUCCCCCGGGCAGAGCCAGGGUGCCCUGUGGCACUGUCACCUCCACCAUAUACGUCAGGUUGCUUCCAGACAGCCCAUGCAGUCCACCUGACACAGCCAUCGGGAUUUCUGGUGUCACCGCCAUACUUUGGGUAUCCUCUCCAGCCAGAGCCUGCCCUGGCUGGGAAGAGCUGUUCCGAUUUUAGUCAGAGCUGA